AUGGUUUUAAAAAGUUUUUUCACUUUUUUGAGAAAUAUUUUUUCUGGAACUUUACAUUUUUGCGAAUUUCAAAUAAGAAUCAUUCAUAAAAAUGGUUUAUAUGAUUUAGAUGAAGAAUGCGUUGGUAAUCUUAUACAAAGAGAUUACCCAACGAGUGAUCCAUUAGGUUGCUAUGUAAAUGUGAAUUCAACCGUGACCUUUAAUGGUCUUUCCGAUUUAAACAUUUCAGAUCCAUAUAAGGAUCGAAAUGGUCUUAUGGACCCUGGGUUAUGUAUUAUCCACUGUGCUGACUAUCUUUUUAAGUUUGUAGCACUUAGUAAUGGAAGUGAAUGUCGAUGUGGAAAUCAAAAUAGUCUAGAAGGAUUUACUAAAGUAAACGACACAAGUUGUAAUAUUACUUGUAUUGGUAAUUCAAGUUAUAUGUGUGGUGGCGUCAAAAGCUACAUUGUUUAUGAUGCUGAAACUAGCCUUUCAAGUCAUAAACCGCCUAAUAUAACUAUCAAUGAAAAACUUGCAAUAAUAAAUAAUCUUAAAAAUGAUGUUUCAUAUUUAGGAUGUAUUAACGAAAACCCUUCUUGUAAUCAAAGUACAUUUAAUGGAACAUCCCAAAAUCUUCCAAAUAUGACAAUAGAUAAAUGCGUUGAAAUCUGCGAACAAAAUAAUUUUAAAUAUAUUGGAUUAGGAUUAGGUACACAAUGUUUUUGUACAAAUAAUUAUAAUAAUGUAAGCCAAUUAGAUGUAAUAGAAUGUAGCUCUAGUUGUGGAGGUAAUAGUUCUCAAAUUUGUGGAGGUCCUUUAGCUAUUAGUGUAUAUAACGCUUCUAAAAUUGUCACGACUACUCCGACUACAACCGCUAAAACGACUACUCCGAUUACAACCGUUGGUACAAAUAACGGAAUAAAUACUAUAUUAAUCUCUGUAUUAAUAAUUGUUAUUGUUAUCUUAAUAAUUGGCUUGCUAUUUUGUUUUACGCGUUUAAGGCGUUCAGAUAUAAAUAAUGAGAGCGAAAACAGAAAUAUGGAUGAUGUUAGAAAUAGAAAUUUAGUUGAAGGAGAAAGUCAAAAUUUGGACGAAGCUCAUGAUAAUGAAACUGAGAAUCAUCACACAGAAACUCCUCCGAAUGAUUCAUAA